CUCCACUCCAACGGGCAAGACCACGUGAUUCCACCUCCGCGCCGGCGAGCGGCGCUGUGCGCGGGGUUUAUUAUGACCGACGCGCUGCCGGAUGAUCGGCCUGGGCCAAGCGUUGGGAGGAAGCGACAAUUGAACUGGGCCUCGAGAGUCAACCGGAGGGACCGCGGUUGCGGCCUGGGCGGCUGCAGUAAUUGAAACAAUGGCGGGUGAAGAGUUUGCUUCAAUGAUGGAGGAUGUGACUGUGGAAGAAAUGGACACAUCUGAUACACAGUGGAACUGGUACUACUUGGGUGAAUGUGGAAAAUGGCACACAUUUGAGGAUCCUAGUGUUCCACAUUCUGUAAACAGUGAAGAUAUCGAAAGAAUCUUCAGAAUGAAUACCAAUGGCAGUUUUUCAUUUUCCACUGCAAAAUACAACUACAUGAUAGAUUUUAAAGCAAUGAAACAAACUAAUACAGCAACUGGAAAGCAGAGGCCUGUAACACGUGCCGUCUUCUCUGUCACUGCUUUCAGUUUUAUAUGUGGAAAUGAAGAAAUUCCCAUUCCUUUGCAUUGGGAGAAUAUAGAUCGAGAUAAACCUUACCAGCUCUGUCCAUUGCAUAAAGCUUCAAAUGAAUAUCAGGAAGUUUCAAAACUCUUUGGACAAACAAUGGAUCAGAACCAAAUCACGCAAAUUCAAAGAAUUCAGAAUUUAGACUUGUGGGAGUUCUACUGCAGAAAAAAAGUCCAUUUGAAGAAGAUGAGAAAUGGAUUAGAAGUGAAUGAAAGAAUGCUGUUUCAUGGUACAAGCAAUGAGUUUGUGGAAGCGAUAUGUUCCCAGAAUUUUGACUGGAGAAUAAAUGGAGCCCAUGCUACAGUUUAUGGAAAAGGGUCUUACUUUGCUCGUGAUUCUUUGUACGCCAGCCGUUACUGCCGUGCUGAUAAGAAGUGUGAGGGAGCCUUGCAGACGCAUCAGUGGAAACCACGAUUCAAAACAAUGUUUCUGGCUCGAGUUCUCGUGGGCGAAUAUGUUGCAGGAGACCCCAAAUUUAUACGGCCUCCUUCCAAAGAUGGAGGUCUGGUGAACUUGUAUGAUAGCUGUGUGGACAACACAUGGAAUCCAAAGAUUUUUGUAAUAUUUGAUGCCAACCAUAUUUAUCCAGAAUAUCUAAUUAAUUUCUGUUAAACAGAAAUGAAGAAAUUACUGCUCAAAUUACCUAGGAAAUUGAAAUGGAAAAACACAUUAAAUGCUGUUUAACCAUUUCCUUAAACAUAGAGAUUCAUUUUUACACUCUUGCAAUUGUAUAAUGAGUACAAGCGAGGUGAUCUUAACAGCUCAUUUGCACUGGCUAAUAUGCUCCCUGGGACUUUUCUCUCUGUAGAUAAAGCAUCUGCAAAUGUCCUUGGCAUGAACAUGGAGCUCAUUUGUAUUUGUGGGAGUUAAUGCACAGAAUAUCUGAUGUUGAUAUCCAAUCUGCACUUUAAAACCUGGAAAUAUUGAAGAAAAGAUUCCUCAUGGUACGAUGCUUGAGAGCGAAGAAGUCCUGCACUCCAUGUGGUGAUAUCCUUCAUUGCCUUAUUCCCAUAUCUUUGCUGUCAUGUGUCUUUUCUCUAGUCAGAUAAUCUCAAUGCUGUCCCAUUUCAGCAUAGAGCAAGAGGGCUGCUUGAAGCCCUACUUCUUCCCAUGCACCAUGCCGCUCAGGGCUCGGCGGCCUUCCCUCUCCGAGUGAGCCGGGCCUGGAGCUGGGAUACAGCUGUGGUUCUCUGGCUCCCCCAGGCUGCGGGCCAGCCUCCAGCGGCCCUCUUACCCAUCGAGGCCCAGCACUGCUUCCUGUCGGCAGUCUGCUUACCGGCCCUCUGUCCAACUCCCUCCUCGCUGUUCCACGGGGUGAGCAGGGGCCGGGGUCUGCGGCAACCUCUCCAGGCUGGUUCUCGUUACCGUAGCCGCGAGCCAGCCCUGUUGUGGGGCGUGUCUGUAAACGCGGCCCGUUGGGAACGACCUUCAGCCGCAUAGUCCGUCGGGAGAUGAUCUGGUUAGAGAAAAGGCACAUGAAGACCAAAGAUUUGGGCAUUGCACUGUUAUCUUUAGCUUAUCAUUUGUAAAGUUGCAUAUCAGAAGUUCCAUGAGGUUUUCAUUUUGACAACACUAUGUUUUCCUAUUCUAUAUUGCUUAUUGUUAUCCAUCUAUUUUCUCCUAAUGUAAGUAUCUUCAAAUGGGAACAAUGCAGAACUGGCACUCAGACCUCAUUAAAAUAGAUUGGUUACAUUUGAACAGAAAUUGGACUAAUGUAUCAUUGUAGAAAGUUUAAACAAUUUUAUUUAAUGUAUUUUUACUUGGAGACAAUGAUCGCAUUAACAGAAUUCCACUGAAAACUGGUUCAGAGACAAGGGAAGAAAAUUUUUUUUUUUCGUUGAAUGUGUGUCCAGUCACUGUGUAGGAACAGAAUUAGAUAAGGCUCUGUGUAUUGAAAUACGGGAACAUGAAAUAUGUGAGGUAUAAGGGAUGUAGAAUAUUACAGCUAAAAAUUAUGGAAAAGAACAACAGAUCAAAGGAAAGAUGCUUAUUUUUGAAAAGAGAUUUAAAAUUUGGAUGAGAAAGUACAUGGCAAGAUUAGUAGGUUCUUGGAUCGAUUGGCCGGGUAAGCUGAGGAAUGGUUGAUAGAAUUUAAUACAGAGAAAUGUGAGGUGCAUUUCGGGAAGUGUAACAUGGGCAGGGGCUAUACAGUGAAUGAUAGGGCUCUGGAGAAUGUUGUAGAGCAGAGGGAUCUAGGAGUGCAGGUGCAUGAAGCUGGAGUCGAAAGUAGAUAGGGUGGUCAAAAAGGCUUUUGGUACAUUGGUCUUCAUCAGUCAGAGUAUUGAGUGUAGAAGUUGGGAGGUCGUUACAGUUGUAUAAGAUGUUAGUGAGGCCAAAUUUAGAAUAUUGUGUUCAGUUCUGGGCACCAUGUUAGAGGAAAGAUGUCAAGCUGGAGAGGGCACAGAGAAGAUUUACAAGGAUGUUGCCAGGACUAGAGGGUCUGCGCUACAGGGAGAGGUUGAGUAGGCCGAGAUUCUAUUCCUUGGAGCGCAGGAGGAUGAGGGGUGAUCUUCUAGAUGUGUAUAAAAUCAUGAGAGGAAUAGAUCAGGUAGAUGCACAGAGUAGGUGAAUCAAGUACCAGAGGACAUAGGUUUAAGGUGAAGGGGAAAAGAUUUAAUAGGAAUCUGAGGGGUAACUUUUUCACACAAAGGAUGGUAGAUGUAACAAGCUGCCAAAGGAGGUAGUUGAGGCAGAGACUAUUCCACCUUUAAGAAACAGUUAGACAGGUACAUGGGUAAGACAGGUUUGGAGGGAAUAUUGGCCAAAUGCGGGCAGGUGGGACCAGUGUUGACAAGUUGGGCCGAAGGGCCUGUUUCCUCGCUAUAUCACUUUAUGACUAAUAGAUUCACAAGCCGAUAGGUUAAUGUAAAUGAGAAAAGGUAAGGUAAGGUGCAUUGAAAUGCCCUCUGAUAUUUGGAAUGCAAAAACAUGCAUAUUUCUUUGUACAUAUUUCAGAUGUAAGAAAUAAAAAUUACAAUCAAACUGGAAAAGGAUUGUCAUGCUGUCCAGUCCGAGAAAAGAACAUACUGGACCUUGUGUUGGGAAAUGAGCUGGCCCACCGAGUUAGUCCAGCACUCUGUGUCUUUUUUUUAAAGCAGAAUCUUUAAAUGUGUUCAAGACAGAGAAUUUAGUCCAGCACAAGACAUAGUCAUUUGGCCCACCAUAUCUAUGCCAGCCAUGAUACCAAUCUAAACUAAUCCCAUCUGGCUGCACAUGGUCAGUGUCCUUCCAUUCCCAGCUGUUCAUCUAUCUGUCUAAAUGCCCCUUAAACAUUGCCUUCAUAUCCAUUAGGGUCGAAAAGGCCAAAGAGCCUGUUUCCGUGCUGUAUGAUUAUGACUACAAAUUUCCCGGGGACAUCUCGAAGUUGAGAAAGAUGCAAGAUGUGUCAUAUGGUCAUAAAGAAUAGGAGUAGAAUUAGGCCAUUCAGCCCACCAAGUUACUAUGCCAAUCAAUCGUGACUGAUCUAUCCCCAUCCUAACCCCAUUCUCCUGCCUUCUCCCCAUAAACCCUGACACCCGUACUAAUCAAGAAUCUAUCUCUGCCUUAAAAAUAUACAUUGACUUAGGCUCCACAACCUUCUGUGGCAAAUAAUUCCACAGAUUCACCACCCUCUGACUAAAUAAAUUCCUCAUCAUCUUUCCUAAACCAAUGUCCUUUAAUUCUGAGGCUAUGAACUCUAGUCCUUGACUUCCACUAAUGGAAAUAUCUGGUCUAUCCAAGCCUUUUGCUAUUCGGUAAGUUUCAAUGAGGUCCCCCUCCCCCUUCCAAACUCCAGCGAGUAGAGGCCCAGUGCGUCAAACGCUCAUCAUAUGUUAACCCACUAAGUCUUGGAACCAUUCUUGUAAACCUUGUCUGGACCCUCUCCAGAGCCAAUACAUCCUCAGAUAUGGUGCCCAAAAUUGUUCACAAUACUAAAUUCUAAUCUAAAAUUCUAAGCAAAAAAGCUUACUCGUAUAUCUCAAUAAAAUUAUCUCCACCCUGCCACCCUCAUUUUACGUCUAGGUCCAGUAUCUGACAUUUCCACUGGGAGAAAUACCUAUUAUCCAUGCCUUGUAUAGACUUAAAUUACAGUCAGAUCAGCUGUGGUCUUACUAAAUGGCAGAUCAAAUUUGAAGCAUUGAAUGGUUUAAUCCUGCUUUUGCUCCAUAUUUUCCUAACUCAGGAGCACAGAAUUAAGAUAAUUAGGAAAAUAAACAGGGGGUUGAUUUAAUCUAGGCUGUGAUAUCUGAUGAUUAAGAAUACAUUGCUUCAAAGAAAGAUUGCAGAGACAGAUGCAGGAGACUACCUCGAUCCCGACACACCAAUCAUCCUUCUGUAUCCACAGAUGCUGCCUGACCCACUGAGUUUCUCCAGCAGGAGCAGUCUAGCAUGAGGAGAGGAGUGAAUUAUUGUGUCAUGGACUCACACAGUAACGAACCAGGCCCUUCAACCCACCAUGACCAUUCCAAACAUUAUGUACACUGUACAAUUAUGUCUCCCAUAACUGAAACAGUUCAUCCCAGGUAUCAUCCUGGUGAAUCUCUCCUGCACCCUAUUCAGUGAAUUCACAACCUUCCUAAACCGGCAACCAGAUCUUCACAUAAUUCUUCAGUGUUGCCUAACCAAAGUUUUAUAAAGGUGUACCAUGAUCUCAAUGCUCUAUGCGCUAACGAAGGCCAGCAUCUCAUAUGGUUUUCUAUCACACCAUAUCUACAUCUUGUGCCAUCUUUAGGAAUAUAUACACGUGCACCAAGAUCGGAUCCUCAGUACUCCUAGUGUAUUAA